UGCGAAGUUCGCCAAAGCGCGACACUCCCCACAGCCAGGGCUCACUGAGCACUGAAGAGAACAGAGCAGUGCGGUGACCUGUCUGCUCUCUCAUCUCUAUUCACCAUAAGAAUCUCAAGAGGAAAAAACACCAGCCGUGGAUACAUUACUGGACACAAGGAUCCCUCACGGUCCGACACCUUUUUUUUGAGCUGGAACUCGCUGAAGAAAAUGUCGGCUUCAGUACUAUCUUCCGUUUACGACUUCGACCUGUUGUACAGGCAGGAGAAAAGCCAAGCCUCAAAUGCAGUGCACCUGAACAACGUGUUGGAUAGGAGAACCGUAGGGAUACCGCUCUCCACCUCCAAUAAAAACAAUAACAGGUUCAACGCGGGCGGCUACUUCCGGGCCAACUCCAUCAGCCACAUGGACUCCAUCAGCGGUGGCAAGGAGAGCCCUACACCAGCAUAUAUGAAUAAGGAGAACAAGUUUCGCGACCGCGGCUUUAGCGAGUCAGGGGACCGUGGUCAACAACUGCAGGAAAUGCUCCAACCCAAGCCUGGCUCUCAGAUCAACUCCACUCGCUACAAAACCGAGCUGUGCAGGCCUUUUGAGGAAAACGGCUCCUGCAAGUACGGCGAGAAGUGCCAGUUUGCGCACGGCUACCACGAACUGCGUAAUCUUUCCCGCCAUCCCAAGUACAAGACCGAACCUUGCCGCACAUUUCACACCAUUGGUUUCUGUCCAUACGGCCCGCGCUGCCACUUCAUCCACAACGUCGACGAGCGCAGAGCCGCUUCAAACACGCAGAUGAGACUCCAUCGAGGCGAGUGCGCACUCCCUGCCGCGAAGGACUCGGCUACGUUUUUUACGCAAAAGGACAGACCCAGGCUGCACCACAGCUUGAGUUUUUCGGGCUUCUCAAGCUCGCACGGUGCCAUGAUCGAGAGCCCUACGUCUCGCACUCCGCCGCCGCCCACCUCCUGCGCGCUCUCGUUUUUCGAGGACUCCCUGGCUCCGAGUCCACACUGCCUAAACGCCUUUGGGAUCCCUGAGCAGGACCUAAAGGCUUUCCUCGCCCCUUUAAUUCCGCACGCCCAAAGUGCUUUCAAUGGACAGGCCUCGUACGGGCCGCAAACUUCGUCUCCGUUCCCAGUAGCACCAGUGCGCCUGAUCUCUGAUUCCCCACCAGUGUUUGACUCCCCGCCAAGCCCUCUGGACUCCCUCUCGGACCCGGAGAGUUUCGUCAGCGGCUCCCGCUGCUCGUCCGGCACGAUCAGUGGCUCCGAGUCGCCCAGUCUGGAUUCAAACAGACGUCUGCCAAUUUUCAGCAGACUGUCUAUCUCAGACGACUGAAUAUUAUUAUUAUUAUUAUUAUUAUUAUUAUUAUUAUUAUUAUUAAUCACAGAUGGUGUUUUGUUAAGCAGGUCACCCCAGGUUUGAGUUUUUUUAAAAAAACAACAAAUAAACAAGAAGGUGCCUUUUUAUAUAGCCUAUAGCUAAAGGGUCUAAUCAAGGGCUCUUGUUUUUGUCCGAUAAAGUAGCUACGUCGGGAAAAACGUGUGAUGUGCCUUGUUUCCACAGCGCCCCCAUAUGGCGUGUGUCAGUCAGUGCAGUUUUUGCUGCUGAUGGAAUGUCUCCGCAUUUAUUAAUGCGUUUUAAGUGCUCUCAUUGCGCUUUGCUACAUGCUAUGAAAUCUAUUUAACUUAUUUAUUGUCAUGUGAAAAAUAUGGCCUCUGUGGAUCAAUUGAGUCCAUGUAGUAUUUAUCAAGUCUAAAGCAAUACAUUUAUAUUUCUUUUUAAAUUAUGAUUAUGAUCUCCAUUGUUAAUCUGGAAUCACUUGUGUUUUUUUUUUCUAAUAAUAUAUUUUUGUUAUAUUUGGAGGGGUUGUGUGUUGUAAAUAAGUUAAUAAUUUAUAAAUUGUAUGCUAUUUAUUAUAGUUUUGUUUACGAUAUGUGUUAAAAUUGUGGGAGCAUCUAAAGAGGCCUCGUUUCUUUAUUUUUUUUUGAGGGGGGUUUGAGAGGAUCUCUGGGCAUUGGAUUUGUAUAGGAUGUAUAGGAGUCUUUACAACAUGUAAUAUUGGGCUAGCCUUUCACAAUUCAAACCAUCACAAAACAUAGGGACAAUACAGACAACCAAAAAAAUAAAUAAAAACUUUUGUUUGCACAUAGUUGCACUAUUUCAGUCAAGUGCCAGAGAAUGUAGCAGUCAGUUAUUAUCUUGAUGUUAACUUUCUAAAAUGUGCCUAUGGAGAGUAAAUGAUCUCACAUUCUGCAGAUCUGCCUAACUAUGGAUUAUGUUUUAGUGCCUAUGUCAAGCAAAUUCAGUUGAAUGUAGCUUUUGUUUAUAUAGAUCAAGAUUACAUUGAUUUAGACUAUUUAAAUUGCUUUUACUCAAUUGUGAUCGUUUUCAUUUUGGAUAAUUUUGAAUACACCAUUCCUUAUAAUAAUAUUUUUAAAAAAUACAGUUUGUAUUUACACUUCAUAUAGAUGAACUAAACUUGCUGGUCGGGAAAGUACUUUGAAAAUAUGUUGUAUAACAUAGUUAAAUUGUAGUGAUCAGUUGGACUACUUGGAUUGGAAGAAGUAAAUAAGUUUGAAUGUAAAGACAGGUCAGUUUGAUUUAUGAGGGAUUGUGUAUGCAGAGGCAUCAAUUUGUACUUUGAAAUAUUUUACAGUGAUAUCCUAAUAAAGAUACCUUUUAAAUAAAA